AAGACACCCUGGACCCCUCCGUGGAGCAAUAAAGUGACAUUCCAGCAUGUCCCUAUGUGUGUGUGUGUAUCUCUGGGAGAAAACACAGCUCACAUCCCUUUUGUCUUCCUUCCUGCCUAAUUCCACGAGCUCAGCUCCUCUCCUUCUCUUCCCCAGCAGCUCACACAAGCACAGCCUCACCCAAACUCCAUAGAGUCAAUUCCCCCUUGGACAUCAGCAAAGCCUUUCCCCAGCAGCCACGGGCUUGUUCCUCCAGGCACAUUGCUGUGCUUCAGUUCAGCCUAUUCUGAUCCCCACACAAGCUCUCAUGGCAUGAAUCAGAUGCAAUUAUCCCUGUUUGAUUAUGACAAUCCCAAUUAGCAUCAGCCUCAGGCCACCAGCUGCAUUUCCCCCGGAAACCCGCGGGUGGUGUCCUGGGGCUGCAGCUGAUUCUAAUCCCGAUUCUGUGACUCCACCUCUGGCCAGGAGUCACCAGCACCUCCCAGUUGGGUCCCAGCUGCUCUCCAGCCAGCCCCAUUCCCUACUCCCAGUGGGCCUUGUCCAGCCAGACCUUCAGCUUGGAGCUGCUCCUGCCUGGACCCUUCCCACCCAAACCAUUCUGUGAUUCCACAGACACUGUCUCCAGAAGGAGCUGGGAGGGAAGGGAUCCAAACUCUUCCCAACAGCCUGAAAACCAGCAUCCACCAUCUUCCACAGUCUCCAGUACAUGUGGCCUUAUCCCAGACAUCAAACCAGUCAUGCAGGAGCAUCCUGUGUGACUCAACCCAUGGUGACAGUGCCACCCUGCAGGUCCUUCCGUGACCACAGAGAUGUAAUGCCACUGGUUGGGUAGCGGGGUGUCCCCAGACAGCUGCAUUAGAGCCCAGAUAGCUCAGUUCAGGUAAGAACUGCCUGUCUGAGCUCCGAGCAGCACCUGGCCGCCAGCCGCCUUAGCAAGCUAUAGUGAAACGGCUUUUGUGAUAUUCAGCUCAUAAGUGGUUUCGGCUCUUUGGCUUGCUAGGCUCUGCUGGGGCAGGCAGCAGGCAUUCGGCUGACGCGGGAAAAGAGAGGAGGAGAGGCGUAUGAACAUUCCGCAGAGAUGUCUUCAUUGGUCUUCUCGAGGACUCUUCUGUGAAGGGAUUCAGGGACGGCUCUUCUGAUGAACCGGGCAGAAACAGCAGUUUGUAUAGGGUUAAGGGGGAUUGAGAAUUGUCCAAUGGUAUAGGUUAAAGGAAAGUGACCUAUAGCCUUACAGAGAGAUAGGCAAGGGUCCAAGAGCGGGAGAGAGGGGCUCCUAAGGUCCAGUCAUCGUGACUCAGCACUUUGCCUAUCUUAGGCUUCCGAACGCCAGGGGAGGCUUGCAGGGCCUGCGCCUGCCACAGAGAUAAGGUGGCAUCAUGUGGAAGUGCCACAGCAAGCGUGGGUAGGCAGGUGACAACAGGAUGGCACCAGGAGCAGAUAAAAGCAGAGGGCACAGCUGGAGAGAUGACUGCCUGCGGGACUCUGCUGCCCUGAGUGGAUCAGCUCUCCUGAGGACAGAGGAUGCCCAGCAUGGCUUACAGCAUGGCGGUCCUGCUGGCCCUGGCAAGUGCCACGGUCACGCAGGGCUGCGGUGAGUGUCAGUCCUCCUGCAGUGGCACUGCAGACAGACCGGUGACACUGCAGGGGGACGAGUGGAUGGCGCACAGGGCUCUUGGUGACCUGCCCUCAGUGGCAGAGGAGUGCCAGGCUACAGUCUCCCAUCACCGCCUGGUCCAGGAGCUGCUGCGGCGCAUGAAGAAAUCCGUCAAGUUUGACGAGCCGCCGAACCCCAGCAUCCUGCUGGCCAUGAACCUGGCUGGAGCCACCCAUGGCCAUGUCCACCACUGGCUGCUCCAGGAGAUAAAGAAGGAUGCAGUGGAGAGAGCCCAGACAGACAUGACCUCGGGACAAGUGGCUCUGUAUGUCCUCGCCCUCCUCUCCUCCUGCCAGGACCCCCGAUGUGUCCACGCCAUGGGCAAGACUAUCAACCUGAUCCCCAUCCUGAAGCAGAAAAUGAAUGAGGAGAUUAGCAAAAACGGUACCCAGGGACUGAUCACCUGGUACGCAGAGAGCCUGGACAUCCUGGCCCUGUGCCUGCUGAAGGAAUAUGACAACCAAGAUGCAGUCAAGGCUGUGGCUGAGGAGUUGCUGAACCAUAAGAGCUCCCCCGAUGUGGGUAAGGGAAUCCUCCAGCCUCGCUGUGCCCCCUCCACUCCCAGAGGUGUCCCCGGGGCACUGGCAGUGACACUGGGAUCCCACAGACAGCCGGGCCAUGGCGGUACUGGCGCUGGUGUGCGCCUACAACCACACAGGCAAGCAGGAUCUGAUCCAUCUGAUCCGUGAUGCCCUAAAGGCGGUGACCAACGAUUUUCUGGAUGAGCAAGAAAGGCACAA